AUGACAACAAAAAUACAACAACAAACACUGACAAGCUGGAAAUAUAAACCUCCUUUCGCUUCACCCAAAUAUUUACAAACCACUAAAAGAUGGUUUGGGAGCUUUUCUUCCUCAGUAAAUUUUUCUGGAUUACAAAAGACAUGGAAAGUUACUAACACCUACUGGCCUUCCUUAACAGCAGCAACACUUCAACAACCCAGCAUUGGCAUCUCAACUGUUGAAUCCAAACCAAAGUCAGAAAAUGAACUACAACUGGCUGCUAAGAAUUAUAGCAGCAAUAAUAUCAGCAAAAUAUAUUAA